AGUAUCUGUGUUGGUCAAAUUGUUGCUUUUUUAAAAUUUAGGUUUUCAAAAAGACAUGUUUUAGUGAACACUCGUCGUCGGUCUGCUCGAGAUUUCGAGAGCUGAGCCGAACAUUUAUUAGUGAUCCUAUAUAUUUCUUCAAAAUACAACAUUUUAAAUAUUGAUGACUCCUGCCAAUACAAGGAAUUGUUUUGUUGCUACUGGAAUACGAUAUGAACUCAAGGACUGCCAAUGUAUAGAUAUCUACGAAACAGAAUCACCCAGCAAGUUUAUUCUCAAGUUAUGUACCUCGAUGCCUGUUUGUGUUGACAAACAUUCUGACGUAACGACAGGUUUUUCUUGGAUUUAUGUUGGUGUUCCUGCCCGGAGAAGUUUUUUUAUUCCAAACAACUAGCCAACACCCAGGUAUAAACUAUCUUGGAUUCUAAAAACACACAAUAGUGCUGGCAAUUCUUAGGGUGGAAUCAUCAAGCUAACUAUCCUGUCUUUCAUCGAUGUACAUUUAAGUGUUUCGUGUAUAUAUACAAAUGACAGCAAUAAUCACAUCUAGAGUUAUGGAAUCACCUGAUUUACAAGUAAUUAAUAUUGAUAGCAGACCCGGUACCUCGUAUCAGCGCCAUGCUGUACAUAUAACGGAAUAUCAAGAUUUCCGAGUUAACCCAGAACCAAUUGUCCUUGAAGAAACUGAUAUAUUGUUAGAAGAGUACCUAUCACCGUUAAAAUUGAAAAACUUAACAGGCGUUGAUGACUUAGACGAUGUAAAGUUUCUAGAAAUGAGAGUUGAUACCACAGAAACAAGCUUAGGCAAUUUUGGUUCCAUGUUACCAAAUUUAAAGCAAUUGAAAUUAAAUGACAGUAUAAUCGCAUCCGUCCGAGACCUAGGCACAUCAUUACGUAAUUUAACAGUUUUGUGGAUGGGAAGAUGUGGCUUGACAGACCUAGAUGGAAUCAGCUCUAUGUCCAAUUUACAGGAACUUUACCUUGCCUACAAUGAAUUGACCGAUGUCAGCCCUUGCAGUAUGUUAGAUAAUUUACAACUUCUGGACGUAGAAGGUAAUAAUAUAGAUGAUAUAGCACAGGUGGAGUUUCUAGCAUUAUGCUCUAAUUUACACACAUUAACACUGGAAGGUAAUCCUGUAUGUUUAUCACCAACAACUGAUUAUAAUCCCAAGGAGAGUGGUAGGUUUGAUUACAGGGCAAGUAUCAAAAAAGCUCUUCCCAGCAUAGUUAUUUUAGAUGAAGAGGCAUUGGAUGUGGUCAGUUCAAGUCUAGGAAAAGCACAUGUAAAUCAAAGCACAGAUUGGUUGAUAGUCAAUCAUGCAAUCAAAGAUUAUACUGAUUCUACUGAAAGCUUGGAAGAUUCUGUAGAUAGUGGAAGACCAGGAAGCUCAAAGGGGAGGCCGUCCUCAGCAACCGGUAGGAGGCCUGUCACAUCAGGUGGUAGAUCAGCUACAAGACUUGGAACAGCAGCCGGUAGAAGAUCUGGUGCUUCUGAUAGACCAAGUUCUAGUGGAUCUGAUGUACAGGUGGUACAGGACGACUCCAGUGAUUUAACGCAUGGUAAUAGUUCGCCAUUAUGUGGCAAUCCCAUAAGGGCAUUAAGACAAAGAAAAAAAUACACAAGUCCGGAGAUUCCAUAUGCACCUGCUCCUAAUUUAUUUUCACAGUAUCAUCACAAACCAGAGCAUUCAUAUGAUCUAGAAGAGGAAAUAGACAAUGACUCAAAGGAAGAUGUCUUUGAUGAACUUAGGGAAUGGAAGAAAGAUUAUGAAAAACACAUGGCAGAAAGGUUGACUGGAUCACAAGCACAAGUUUUAAAAAUUACACACAGUGAUGACAGCGACUCUUCAAGCAAUGAAGAUAAUGAUACUGGAAUUGAGACUUCACCUCCCAACUCUGUGUCACCAGAUUCUGGAACCCGUCUCUAUUCACCUCCAACAUCUUUAACACCAAGACAGCCAUCUUCCAAUGUGCCACCUAAGCUUCCAGCCAGACCUAAAUCAGCAGGUGGAUUUCAUCUCAGGAAGUAUCGUAUGUCAUCAUCAACGGGUGUCCCCAUGCCCGUUGACAUAGACGGCACAUUGGAAUCACGACUGAAAAACUUAAGAUUGAGAACGGAUGAAGAGGUUGUUUUAUCAGACAAGGAAGAUGUCAAAAGUCCUAAUUCACCAUCUUUUGAAGGAAAUCCUGCAUUGCCAUUGGGUUCUGUGAAUGACAGGCCAUAUUCUGGUCCAGUUGUAAGCAAUAGAAAAUUCAAGUCAGAUAUAGUUGUUAACAAGACACAACCAAAAAUAAUAGACCAGAGUCAGCCUGUCAUCAGAGCAUCUACAUUGACACCGCCCACAUUAGCGCAGAGAUUUGCUGGUCUAGCCAGACCAUCGACAGCCAGAGCUGCUUUACAAAGGCUACCAAAUAAACCAAUGAAACCAGUUUAAAGACUAAAUAUUAUGAUGUGCAUUGUUUUGUAGUCGUGGGAUUGUGUCAAGCAAUUCAACCCAGAGGUUGUAUAAAACAUUCAAGGCAUUUUUACUGUAAAAUGAUGAUGAUGAUGAUGAUGAUGAUGAUGAUGAUGAUUGAUGAUGAUGAUGAUGAUGAUGUUGCUUUAUCAAAUGCUUGUUUGCCUUUGAAGGUGAACAAUAACCAGAAACAUGCACUAACUCGGAUAUCACGUGAACGACGUUGAUUGAAUAUCCGCUGUACUCUCCAUAGUGGCAAUACCAUUCACUCUCAAUACAGUCAAGCAAGCUCAUGUAUGAUUGUAUGCAUUUCUUGACUCAAGCUUCUAGUGUUUCUACUUUGUAUAGCUCAUGUGAUUGGCUUUCUAACUUGUAUGCAUUAUGUAAAUAUUGGUAUUAUCGUCAACAUUGAUAAAUUCUCAGAUGUACAAUAUGUCCAAUGAUUUUAAGUCUUUUGGGGGGAAAUUUUUGUAGCAUUAUCAUAGUUGAGUGUGUGUGUGUACAAUGAAAGUCCACAUUUUCCACAAUGUGAGACCCACACAUGAUUACUGUAAUGCUCUUCAGUCAAUCACUAUUUACUGUAUUUUUGUAUUAUGUCCAUACAUGCUGUAAGAUUUAAUCUCAGUUGUCACUGUUCCCUCCCAGUUGGAUGUCAUGAUUUCUGAAAGACAAAAGCUUACCUGAAAGAUGUUAGGUGGAACACAUGAUCACAUAUACUGAUUUCCGUCCAAUCUUCACAUUCCUAGCGGACCUAGGAUCUUGUUUUAAUUUAUUGUAAAUGUUAUUAUUUUGUGUGUGUUUGUAAAUAAUCUAUGAAGAUGCAUUGCAGUUGUGUUCAUUCCCUGUAAAGUUCCUCCUAGAUCCAUACAUUGGUAUGCAAGGACACG